GCGACAUCCGCCGCCUCACCAAGAAAUCACCGUGCUGCCGCCGACAGCUCCGCCACGCCGUCCGCCCGCUUGUCUCAAUGCUCCGAGUUGACUCGUCCGAGUCACGCGAGUCCGCCCUUCUCGCCUUGCUUAACCUUGCCGUCAAAGAUGAAAAGAACAAAGUUAGCAUUGUAGAAGCAGGUGCAUUAGAACCUAUAGUAAGUUUCCUAAAGUCACAAAAUCCAAACAUGCAAGAAUAUGCAAGUGCAUCAUUGCUCACUCUCUCUGCCUCUGCAACCAACAAACCAAUUAUCACUUCUUCUGGUGCCAUUCCUCUUCUAGUAAAGAUUCUAAGAGAUGGAACACCACAAGCUAAAGCUGAUUCAUUAAUGGCCCUCUCCAAUUUAUCAACACACUCUGAUAACCUCGACAUCAUCCUCGAAACCAAUCCGGUCGCUUCAAUAAUCCGCCUUCUCAAACCAUGCAAGAAAUCUUCGAAAACAGCAGAGAAAUGCUGUGCUUUGGUAGAGUCAUUGGUUGGUUAUGACAAGUGCCGGACUGCGCUAACAUGCGAAGAAGGCGGGGUUCUGGCAAUUGUUGAAGUUCUUGAGAGUGGAACAAAGCAGGGUAAGGAACAUGCUGUUGGAGCAUUAUUGAAAAUGUGCGAGAGUGAUAGGUGUAAAUACAGAGAACCAAUCCUAAGGGAAGGUGUUAUUCCUGGACUUCUUGAACUCACAGUUCAAGGGACGGAAAAGUCUCAGCCAAAAGCACACACCCUUUUGCAAUUACUUAGAGAAUCACCUAAUCCAAGAUCAGAAACUGAGCCUAACACAAUAGAGAACAUAGUUUGCAACCUCAUAUCACAAAUUGAUGGGAAAGAUGACCAAGCUGAUGGUAAAGCUAAGAAGAUGCUGGCAGAGAUGGUCCAAGUCAGCAUGGAAAGAAGUUUGAGACACUUACAACAAAGAGCAGCACUUGUAUCCACCCCAAGUGAUUUAUCUAUUACUAGUUGUGCUUCUCAGGUUUCUUUAAAUUGGUAGUUUUGGGGUUCGGAAUGUUAUUGUUGUGUAUCCUUUGUUCCUAUCUUGUAUCAUAUACGUAUGCACAACAGAAUUUGUUGAUAACUCAAGUUUUUAAGAGGAUUAGAGAUUGGCUUUUAUGCAAAGUUUGUAAAUACUAAAUAAAACGUUGAAAAAAAUGUGUACAUAUACUUAUAUAUAAUAGUGAAUGAUCUUUGUACAAUCUAUUAUUCUUGAG